UCCUCAUUGGUGUCGAGGUAACAGAAGGGAAGUUCUGGAUCUACUUAGGCUAAAUUAGUAAAGCAGACAAAACUAUCAAACUUUAUCCGACGCCUUUCUUUCGGUUCCCGACCAUCUAUUUUGCAACUUUGGCUGCUCUUGUAGCUGACACAAUGUCUUCGCAGUUCAACAGAGGUCCAGCCUACGGCUUUUCAGCGGAAGUCAAAAGCAAGAUUGCACAGAAAUAUGACCAGAAGGAGGAAGAGUUACGGAUUUGGAUUGAGGGCAUCACCGGGCGCUCAAUUGGAGAUGACUUUCAGAAAGGGUUAAAAAACGGCGUCAUUCUCUGCGAGCUGGUAAACAAACUUCAGCCUGGGUCUGUGAAAAAGAUCAACCAAUCAUCGCAAAACUGGCAUCAGUUGGAGAACCUGACCAACUUCAUUAAAGCGAUCACCACCUACGGACUCAAGCCUCAUGAUAUUUUUGAAGCCAAUGAUCUCUUUGAGAAUGGAAACAUGACACAGGUUCAGACUACCCUCCUGGCUCUUGCUGGCAUGGCUAAAACCAAGGGCAUCCACUCAAAUGUAGACAUUGGAGUGAAGUAUGCAGAAAGACAGGAGAGGGCGUUUGACGAGGAGAAAAUGAAAGCCGGACAAUGUGUCAUUGGAUUACAGAUGGGAACGAAUAAAUGUGCAAGUCAAGCUGGAAUGAAUGCCUAUGGCACCAGAAGACACCUGUAUGAUCCCAAGUCACACAUUUUGCCACCAAUGGACCAUUCAACCAUCAGUCUGCAGAUGGGCACUAACAAGGGGGCUAGCCAAUCUGGUAUGACCGCUCCAGGAACCCGUCGUGCCAUCUAUGACCAGAAGUUAGGCACUGACAAGUGUGACAACUCUACAAUGUCUCUGCAAAUGGGCUACGCUCAAGGCGCCAACCAGAGCGGGCAGAAUUUCGGGCUUGGCCGUCAGAUCUAUGACGCCAAAUACUGCCCCAAAGGUGCACCCGGCGCAAGCGGAGAAGCUGACACCGGCUACACGGAUUACCAGGACGAGGGCUACCAGGGUUAUCAGGAUGACGGGCAAGAUUACUGAAUCAACCAAUCGCAGGUCUCAAAAAGAAGCUAAAGGAAGUUAAUACUUCCUUGUAAACAAAAGACCCAAAACAUUCCAUUGCACCACAGUAAGCGUGCCAUCUGUCGGAUAGUGGUGAAAGUGACCAACGUGAAACAUAUCACUCAUGUUUUUAAAUGUAAACGUCUUCUUUUUAUAAACAUUUGUUUUAUUCAUUUGAAGCGAGAGCCCUACAGAACAUAUCAGUUAAGUGUUAUGUGUAUUGAUGAUACUUGUAUUUUUAUAUGGUUAAAGUGACAGUCAUGUAAUUGCACAACCACUAUAAUAAUAUUUAGUAUUUGCUUUAGUUGUUUAGUUUAAUGUAGUUUUUAUUAUCGUUUUGUUUUUAAUUUUCGGUGAAAAUGCUGAUCUCUUCUUAGAUGUUAAAUAAGUGUGACGGGGGUUAUUGUAAAGUUAUUCACAUAAUCCCAAAUUUUAUUUUUUUUUUCCUUUUUAAUCAAGCUGUUGUGAAGAAAUUUGAUAUUAAGUAUAUACGAGAAUGAGCGUUUUGUGAGCCUGAUUCAUUGUUUGAAUAUUUGAACAUGCUCAGGGGUUUAAAAUCACUUUUUCUUGUCAGUUGAGCAUGUGAAGGUGAAUAUUUGCUGUUACAGUUGAAAGAUACAAAGUUAGAGUAAUGAGGAGUUACUGCAGUUAUGUGGUGCAUUUGUGUUAAUUCAAGAGCUUUUUUUUCCCCCCAGUGAUAUUGUUACUGUGUUUUUAGGCUGGAAGGUUGAGAGCACAUUCUUGACAUGCACAAAAAGGAAGGGUUCAUCUAUCAUUUCAGCAGCUUUUUUGUAAUUUCUUUUGAUAAAUAUUAUACUUCCUCACUUGAUUAGAGGAGAUGAAUGUGGUUUUUUUUAUAAUACACUUUACUGUCGCACAGGCAAUCUGUAAUGUGUUUUAAAGAGUUCAUCUUUGUGUUUGUGUUCCAUAUUCUCAUCAAAUACUUUACAGUCCGCCUAGCCAGAACAACUGGAGCUUGUCUUGUUUUCUUUGGAUUAUAGUAUUGUGAAAGGAAAUUGAAGUAUAACAUUGUGAGCCUUGAACAUUCCAAAUUAGGAACUGGAUUCACUACUUUUUUUCCACAGUAUUUGUUCUCAUUCCAAAUGACCCUUUGUACUAGACGUUGGAAAUUUUACGUCUGCUCAGAAAAAUCACUUAAAUUGAUUUCUGUAUAUGCUUUUACACUUGUUUUGUGUUUUUUACUUCUCUUUUUAGAAUAAGAUGGUUAAAUGGAUGUAGUAAAGACUGGGUUCAGAAUAAAAGAUGUUGAACAACA